UCUCUAUGGUCGGCCGGGCGGGCCGAGUGGUGUCAUCCGCGGAGCGACGGCCGCAGGCUGCGGCGUAGGCCCCGGCGGGGCGUUUGGUUUCGGUUUGGCCCCGACUCGAGUCAGUGUGGACGGUCGAAAUGGGAGUCCCUAAGUUUUACCGAUGGAUCUCGGAGCGGUAUCCCUGCCUCAGCGAAGUAGUGAAAGAGCAUCAGAUUCCUGAAUUUGACAACUUGUACCUAGAUAUGAAUGGAAUUAUACAUCAGUGUUCCCAUCCUAAUGAUGAUGAUGUUCACUUCAGAAUUUCAGAUGAUAAAAUCUUUACUGAUAUUUUUCACUACUUGGAGGUGUUGUUUCGAAUUAUUAAACCUAGGAAAGUGUUCUUUAUGGCUGUUGAUGGUGUGGCUCCUCGAGCAAAAAUGAACCAGCAGCGUGGGAGGCGUUUUAGGUCAGCAAAGGAGGCAGAAGACAAAAUUAAAAAGGCAAUAGAAAAAGGAGAAACUCUUCCUACCGAGGCCAGAUUUGAUUCUAACUGUAUUACACCAGGGACGGAAUUCAUGGCCAGGUUACAUGAACAUCUGAAGUAUUUUGUAAAUAUGAAAAUUUCUACAGACAAGUCGUGGCAAGGAGUUACCAUCUACUUCUCAGGCCAUGAGACUCCCGGAGAAGGAGAGCAUAAAAUCAUGGAAUUUAUCAGAUCCGAGAAAGCAAAGCCAGAUCAUGAUCCAAACACCAGACACUGUCUUUAUGGUUUAGAUGCUGACUUGAUUAUGCUUGGAUUAACAAGUCAUGAGGCACAUUUCUCUCUUUUAAGAGAAGAGGUUCGGUUUGGUGGCAAGAAGACACAAAGGGUAUGUGCACCAGAAGAAACCACGUUUCACCUCCUACACUUGUCUUUAAUGAGAGAGUAUAUAGACUAUGAGUUUUCAGUAUUAAAAGACAAGAUUGCAUUUAAAUAUGAUAUUGAAAGGAUAAUAGAUGAUUGGAUUUUGAUGGGAUUUCUUGUUGGCAAUGAUUUUAUCCCUCAUCUACCUCAUUUACAUAUUAAUCAUGAUGCGUUGCCUCUUCUUUAUGGAACAUAUAUUACCAUCCUGCCAGAACUUGGAGGUUAUAUUAAUGAAAGUGGGCAUCUCAACUUACCUCGAUUUGAGAAAUACCUUGUGAAACUAUCAGAUUUUGAUCGGGAGCACUUCAGUGAAGUUUUUGUGGACCUCAAGUGGUUUGAAAGCAAAGUGGGUAACAAGUACCUCAAUGAAGCGGCAGGUGUUGCAGCAGAAGAAGCCAAGAGCUACAAGGAAAAGAGAAAAUCAAAGGACCAGGAAAACUCCAUAUGUUGGGCUGCUUUAGACACAAAUGGAGAAGAAGUGGUAGCUUCUAAGGAUAAUGUAGAAGAUGAAACUGAAGAUGAUGACCUAUUUGAAACAGAGUUUAGACAAUAUAAAAGAACGUAUUACAUGACGAAGAUGGGAGUGGAUGUAGUGUCUGAUGACUUUCUGGCUGAUCAAGCUGCAUGUUAUGUUCAAGCAAUACAGUGGAUUUUGCACUAUUACUAUCAUGGAGUUCAGUCCUGGAGCUGGUAUUACCCCUACCAUUACGCGCCUUUCCUAUCUGAUAUCCGCAACAUCAGCGCACUCAGCAUCCAUUUUGAACUAGGAAAACCUUUUAAGCCAUUUGAACAGCUUCUUGCUGUACUUCCGGCAGCUAGCAAAAAUUUACUUCCUACAUGCUAUCAGCAUUUGAUGACCAGUGAAGACUCGCCAAUUAUAGAAUAUUACCCACCUGAUUUUAAAACUGACCUAAAUGGGAAACAACAGGAAUGGGAAGCUGUGGUACUAAUACCGUUCAUUGAUGAGAAGCGAUUGUUGGAAGCCAUGGAGACGUGUAACCACUCCCUCAAAAAAGAAGAGAGGAAGAGAAACCGACAUAGUGAGUGCCUAAUGUGCUGGUAUGAUAGAGACACAGAGUUCACCUACCCCUCUCCAUGGCCAGAAAAGUUCCCUGCCAUAGAACGAUGUUGCACAAGGUAUAAAAUGAUAUCAUUAGAUGCUUGGCGUGUAGACAUAAACAAGAACAAAAUAACGAGGAUUGACCAGAAGGCAUUAUAUUUCUGUGGAUUUCCUACUCUGAGACACAUCAAACACAAAUUUUUUUUGAAGAAAAGUGGGGUUCAAGUAUUCCAGCAAAGCAGUCGUGGAGAAAAUAUGAUGUUAGAAAUCUUAGUGAAUGCAGAAUCAGAUGACCUUAGUAUAGAAAAUGUAGCUUCCUCAGUGCUUGGAAAGUCUGUCUUUGUUAACUGGCCUCAUCUUGAAGAAGCUAGAGUUGUUGGUGUAUCAGAUGGAGACACUAAGUUUUACUUGGAAGAACCUCCAGGAACACAGAAGCUUUAUUUGGGCAGAACUGCCCCGCCAUCUAAAGUAGUCCAUCUUGGAGACAAAGAACAAUCUAACUGGACAAAAGAAGUACAAGGAAUUUCAGAAUUCUAUCUGAGAAGAAAAGGAAUAAUAAUAAAUGAAACAUCUGCAGUUGUGUAUGCUCAGUUACUUACCGGUCGUAAAUAUCAAAUAAAUCAAAAUGGUGAAGUUCGUCUAGAGAAACAGUGGUCAAAACAAGUUCUUCCUUUUGUUUAUCAAACUAUUGUCAAGGACAUCCGAGCUUUUGACUCCCGUUUCUCCAAUAUCAGAACAUUGGAUGACUUAUUUCCUCCUAGAAGUAUGGUCUUUAUGCUGGGAACCCCCUAUUAUGGCUGCACUGGAGAAGUUCAGGAGUCAGGGGAUGUGAUUACAGAAGGUAGGAUUCGUGUGGUUUUCAGUAUUCCAUGUGAACCCAAUCUUGAUGCUCUAAUACAGAACCAGCAUAAAUAUUCUAUAAAGUACAACCCAGGAUAUGUGUUGGCCAGUCGCCUUGGAGUGAGUGGAUACCUUGUUUCAAGGUUUACAGGAAGUAUUUUUAUUGGAAGAGGAUCUAGGAGAAACCCUCAUGGAGACCAUAAAGCAAAUGUGGGUUUGAAUCUCAAAUUCAACAAAAAAAAUGAGGAGGUACCUGGAUAUACUAAGAAAGUUGGAAGUGAAUGGAUGUAUUCAUCUGCAGCAGAACAACUUCUUGCCGAGUACUUAGAGAGAGCUCCAGAAUUAUUUUGUUAUAUAGCCAAAAAUAGCCAAGAGGAUGUGUUCUAUGAAGAUGACAUUUGGCCUGGAGAAAACGAGAACGGUGCUGAGAAAGUUCAAGAAAUUAUUACAUGGCUAAAGGGACAUCCUGUCAGUACGUUGUCUCGUUCUUCUUGUGAUUUACAAAUUCUGGAUGCAGCUAUUGUUGAGAAAAUCGAAGAAGAAGUUGAAAAGUGCAAGCAAAGAAAGAAUAAUAAGAAGGUGCGAGUGACAGUAAAGCCCCAUUUGCUGUAUAGACCUUUAGAACAGCAGCAUGGCGUCAUUCCUGAUCGGGAUGCAGAAUUCCGUCUCUUUGACCGUGUUGUAAAUGUGAGAGAGAACUUUUCAGUUCCAGUUGGCCUUCGGGGCACCAUCAUAGGAAUUAAAGGGGCUAAUAGAGAAGCUGAUGUACUAUUUGAAGUAUUAUUUGAUGAAGAAUUUCCUGGAGGCUUAACAAUAAGAUGUUCACCUGGUAGAGGUUAUCGACUGCCGACAAGUGCCUUGGUGAACCUUUCUCAUGGGAGUCGCUCUGAAAGUGGAAAUCAGAAGUUGACGGCCGUUGUGAAACCACAACCAGCUGUGAAUCAGUACAGCUCAGCUUCCUCAGUUUCCUCUGGGCAUUUGGGAGGCCUGAACCAUUCCCCUCAAUCACUUUUUGUUCCUACUCAAGUACCUACUAAAGAUGAUGAUGAGUUUUGCAGCAUUUGGCAGUCCUUACAGGGAUCCGGAAAGGUUCAGCACUUUCAGCCAAGUCUACAAGAGAAGGGUGCAGUUCUACCUCAAGAAAUCAGUCAAGUAACUCAGCAUCAUAAAUCUGGCUUUAAUGACAACAGUGUUAAAUGUCAGCAAAGAAAACAUGAGCCUCACAGAAAAUUUAAAGAAGAGUGUAAAAGUCCUAAAACAGAGAGUCGGUCACAAAAAAUGUCACAUAAGCAGCCUACCCCUGGAAUUGAGAAGUUUUUAGCAUCUUUGAAUAUCUCCAAAGAAAGUGGAGUGCAGUCAUCGCAUUUUGAAGAGCCUCCGAGUGAAGAGCAUUUGUCACCACAGUCAUUUGCUAUGAAGGGAACACGGAUGCUUAAAGAAAUUCUAAAAAUUGAUGGCUUUGACACUGUGGACCAUAAGAACGAAAUAAAACAGUUUGGUAAUGAAAUUUCCUCUAAUAGAAGAGAUGAAUAUGGAUCUGCCUCACAGCCUAAACAAAAUAAGAAAUUAACAUCUUGUAUGAACAAGGCUCACAGUGCUAGUGAGUACCAUAGUGCUCAGUCUAUGGACAAUGUGUGUUGGCCUGUUCCCAGCCACAUCCCUCCUGUGUCCACACCAGUAACUGAACUUUCUCGAAUUUGUUCUCUUGUUGGAAUGCCACAACCAGAUUUCUCCUUUCUUAGAACACCACAGACGAUGACAGUUUGCCAGGUAAAACUAUCCAAUGGCUUAUUGGUACAUGGGCCACAGUGCCAUUCUGAAAAUGAGGCCAAGGAAAAAGCUGCACUUUUUGCUUUACAACAAUUGGGUUCCUUAGGAGUUAAUUUCCCUUUGCCUCCACCACUAAUUCCAAAUUAUCCUCCUGCCGUACCACCUGGGACCAUUCCUCCAGUUUUUCCCCAACCAACUGGCUGGGAUCACUACGGAAGCAACUUAGCACUGGGGGCAGCUAAUAUAAUGCCUCCGUCGUCUCAUCUCUUUGGCUCGAUGCCGUGGGGACCGCCAGUGCCAGCGCCUGGAAAGCCUUUCCAGCACACUUCGUACCCCGGGGCCGUGCCCAUGGCUGGGGGAAUGCGAGGUGGUGCGCAUAAUCAGUUCAUCCCUCUACAGGUUACUAAAAAAAGGAUUGCAAACAAAAAGAACUUUGAGAAUAAGGAGGCCCAGAGUUCUCAAGCCACCCCACUUCAGACUAGCCAACCAGGUUCUUCCAGUGUCACCAAAGUGAUUCCGCAGGGGAGUUCAUCAGCUUCCUUAAAGUCCUCUCAGAUUACUCAACCCGCACCUUCUUUUCAAGUUGAAGCUGCCCCCCAGGGCCAUAGUGUGUCUCACCAUAAGUCAACACCAAGCUCUUCUUCAAGAAGAAAAUCAAGAAAAUUGGCUGUCAAUUUUGGCGUUUCUAAACCUUCUGAAUAAAUUUGGUACUUGGAAUUAAGUUAAUUUCUUUCUUUUCCACACACCUUUUUAUAAAUCCACAUCUAUCUCUCACAAAAAAUUAGAAUGUGCUGUUUUAAAAUAAUAUGUUUCAAUUGAAAAUUUUUAAUUUUUUGUCAGGCACUUUUCAUGCUGUUUAUAUCAAAUUGUGCAUCUUCAGUAUGUGCAGUUUGUUUUACAUCAAUUAUACCUCAAUAAAGCUGUAAAAAAAAAAAAGAGAGACUAAAUUAAACCUUGUGUCAAAAUAAUAUCAGUGGACUAAAAUGUGCCAAUCUAAUCAGUGGCCUCAUCAUUAGAAGCAUCCUGAACUAUGAAUUAGACAUCAUAUUGCAAUACUAAUAAAUAUUUUUUACACUAUCAUUGAGGGAUAAUUAAAUGGAGCAUGAAAAUUGGGCCUCAAGUAUAAUUUACUGAAAGUGGAUUUUAUUUCUCUUUUUAAUGAUGGAACAGAAUUGUCAGGAGAAUGGCUUUUAUGUGUGAGUGUGUUAACUUGUGUUUUAUUGUCUGCCAGGGUCCUUGCGCCCUGCUGGGUGAUCACAUUGGUGUGGUGCUGCCAGUUCUGCUUUAUCCUAAAUUUGUACCAAAGCAACUUUAGAAUACUGAGCAGGAUAUUUCAUUUAACUGCUUACCACUAUAAAUAGCAAUCUAGAUUUGAGUAAGUAAUUAGAGUUUUUUAGAUUAUUCGAGAACCAGCAUUAGUAAUUUCUAAUAAAAUUCUUUCAAAAUCUACAGGGUACAAUGAUUACAAAUUAAUCUUCUAAUGAAAUAAAGUUCAAAAUAUUAAUCAUGUUGUUAAUUAAAAUAAAUUGUAUUAUUCUUUUAUAUAGCUUUUUACCUGCUUACUUAAAUAUGUGAGAGCUCCAUUAUUGCUCCAUGUGUAGCGCUUCCUAGAACGGAUGAAAUUCUAAAUUUUUUUUAAAUUCCAAGGUGUGGUUUAAUACAGGUACAAUCAGUUUGUGAUGUACAUUAUUUACAUGACAAAUGCCUGUCUCAUUCUGUUUCCAUAUUUUUAGCUUUAUGCUGAACUGUCUGGUGACUCUGGCAUUUUGUCUUUGCAUGUUAUAUGUGGGUGUGUAUUGUUCAAGCUGUGGCUGUUGAAAUUAUUUUAGAAUUUAUGAAAAUUUCUCAGUGGUACCUGGGCCUGAGUUUUUAUAUAUAUAUAUUUAUCCUUUAGUUUUUGUGAUAUGCUUAUAUUUUUAAGGAAGUAAUUUAUCAUACUUUUUUAAAAGUAGAAACCGUAAUCUUUAUAUGCAGUUGCUCAUUGUGUCCAGUUUCAUUUAGCUUAUUGAAAACUCUGCCAUGAGUCUUUGAGUAGUUUGUUUUUUAAAAUGCUGCUUUGAACUAAGUGGAUUCCUUUCUCUAACUGCUGACUUCAGAGUUUCUCUAAAUGUUAAGAGGGUAUUUGUAUAUUAGUAGUGCCUUUAGUAUGAGAUAAAUGUUCAUUAUCUGUCAUUUAUUAUAGUCAUGUGAGUUUCUGUGAUUUUAUUUUCUGUUGAUUUCCUGGAUUCACGUGUUCAUCGGUUCCCAACAUUUGCUUGUUGAGAAUGUUUAUCUGUAGUGGGAUCUUCGAUAAUGAGGCUCAAGUAAUUCAGUGUUUGUCCUUAUUUCCGCACAAACUCUCUACUUGUUUUUAAAGGAAACAUCUAUUAUGGGAAUACAAUACCAAAAAGUUAAAUUGUGACAGUGAUGUUCCAUUAACCUCUUACUACUUCAAAAUGUGUAAUAUCUCUCAGCAUAUAACUGUGCAAACUCCAGCAUUCAAGAAUUGCCUCGCUCCUGUGUCACCACUCUAGGAACAGGGUACAGCCGGCAUCUUUUUAGAGCACAGAGGAAGGAGCACACGCCAUCUUCUGAAUACUCCAAGAAAAAUUUCAGUAAGCAUAGUGCCACUGAGCCCAUAAGGAUAUUUCCUCAGUGUUUGAGCAAAGCAAGCUGACAGUUGUGUGUGGAUAGGCAGUAAAAGUGUUUUCUCUUCAUUCCUUCUUCUCUUUCUUUUAAACUAUUAUUCCAAAGAUCAAAAUUGAAGAAGGGUUAAAAUAGGAGACAGCUCCAGAAUGACUAGAUGGUGAUGGGGCAUUUAUCUGUAUUCUUUCCCCCUUGCAGACUUUUUCCAAAUGCAGGCCUAAGAUCCACAGCUGAUGGGCCCUCCCUCCAGUUUUUGUCUCGUGAUAAUCUUGAGGAGACUGGAUCCACUGAUAGUUUAGGGAACUUGCAGUUUUCCCCUUUUGGCUGAGGCAGACUCAGACCGCCCCGGAGUUUAGAAACAGGCCCAUUCAACUGUUGAAUCUGCUGAGGACUUUCUCUGAAAACUGCGGGCUGUACAGAGCACAGAAGAGCAGAUUCCCCACAUUGCUUCAUGUUUCCACAUAACUACAGCAAUGAAAUCUAAAUAUCCUUGUUCAAUAAUUUUUUUCUCUUUUUUGAGCAUCUCAAGUGAAUUUUACAGAUUGAUCCUUCCAGUCUCAUUCUUCCUUUUCACGAUUUCCUACAUUACCCGAUCAUUACCUGUUUUAUAAUUUGACAGAAUGUAUUAAUUGAUUUAAACAUCACGUAGACUAAAGUCUUAAACAUCUGAGACUCAGUUUCAAUAAAAAUUAAUUGCACCUCUAUGUGUACCUUAGUUUCACCUUAAGACUUUCCUUCCUUUUCUGAGGAUUAAGUAGUUCUUUGAGAACUAAAAAGAUAAGCAGCUCUUUUUUCCCCCUUUGUGGGAGGGAUGGAGAACUCUAGAUGCAGGUUUUCGUUGUUUAUUUCCUUUUCUGUGAUCAGAUAUUUGCCUUGGUUUUAGAUUGAUAUUUCCAGCUAAUCUAGAUUCUUGGCUUUGGGGCAGGGGGUGGGGACGAGGGAGGUGGUUGGCAGAAGGAAACCGCUUAACUAAGACGUACCAACUCACUGCUUUUGCAGACUGUAUCUCCCCAGCUCAAGGAAAUAGAUGAGCUGCAUUCACGUUCAUUCACGUUUUAAUCAUAGUAAGUCAUACAUUUUCAUAGUGAUCUGAUUUUUACCUUUCAUAGAACUGUCCAGAUCUCCAUUGAAGUUAGUUCUAACAUGCUUCUUCUCAUUGUUCAGAGCAUCUUUUUUAAAGCAACUGUGUACAAUUCCCCGGCUUUUUGAGCUUGCUAUAUUUUUUAGUACCAUCUUGCUUUUAAAUUGUGUUUUUACUGUAGAGGAGAAUUAAUUUAUUGGAGAGAAGUUAUUGUGACAGACAUUCUCUACCUUUUAAAAAAAAUAAAUCACAGAAGUUCCCUUAUAUGCACAUUUUGUAGACUUUGUCAGUGAAACAGUGUUUUUUGCAGGAGGUUUCUUUCCUUGACAGGAUAAAGCUUACAAUUCCAGAAAUGGAUAUUUUUCAGACUGACCUAGUUCAUAUUUCCGUCAGACCUCUCCAUCUUCUGCCAAGGAGCAGUUAGAGACAGUGUUGAAACAGACAGCAGCAGGGCCGAGCCGACAGGCGGCAGAAGUGUCGCUGCUGCCAUACUGAGGGAACAGCCCAGACAUCGCUGAUCCUUCCUUUAGAGAGAGAAAACGCGUGUAUAGAACAGUUUCAGGAGUUCAGAAUAGCAGCCCUCCAUAGCUGUGUGUGUGUGUCUGUGUGUGUGUGUGUGUGAGUGAACCGACAGUGAUGCCUUGCUCAGUCAGUGCAUUCAGCCAUCUUAAGUGCAAUUUGUGACGGAGACUCUGGUUUCCAAAAAGUUUUACAUAGUCAAACCUGUAAAUACUAUUUUUUUUCACCAGUGCACCCAUUGCUAUUGAUAUUUCAGCAAUUGGUGUACUAUUAAAUUAUCGAGGCCAAAUAAUUAAGUUUCUCUAGAUGUUUUAGUAAUUUAAAGCCAAAUUCUCAUGCCAUUUCUCAUGAAGUAAGAGGAGUGAGAAUUUGGUCCACGGUUUGCUCUAAGUUAUUUUAUUCUUUUCUUUCCCUUAGAGUUAAGGGGCUUUUUUGUUUGUUUGGGGUUGUUUUGUUUUGCCUCAAGUCUCUGACAUUUUCUUUUGCCUGUACCCAAUUACUUCUUUGAGUGUGCUCAUCUGUUUUGAUAUGAGUAAUAAUGUGCUGUAUCAUCAGUGUUCAUUUCAUUCAUUUAAACAAUAUAAUUAAGUACCAUUCAUACGUAUAUAUCACUUCAUUUCUUUUAUCACAAUGAUUUUAUAAAUAACUGGAAUUUUUCAUUAAAUCUUAUACAGAGCAGUAUUUUAUUAAAGAUUUAAAAGGGAAGACUUUUAUGUGCUCAUUUUGUAGUUUUUCUUUUUUAAAUAUCUUCACAUUGUCUGCAAUUAAAGUGUUUUAAACUUGGAUUGGAAUGGACUCCGAAUGUAUUUUUGUGUUAAGUUGUACAUUUUUAGAUUUCUAGCAUGAAGUUAGCCUCAAAAUGUUGUACAAAAAGAUUUUAAAAUUUAAGAGUCACUGAAAGAAUUUAAACAUUUCUGCAUGUUAAAUGCUGUCUGGAUUUUAAUUAAACACUUGAGAAUGA